GCGCAGGCGCCCGAGCUGCGCGUGGGGGCGGAGCAGCCCCGCAAGCCGCGGAGCGAGGGCGCAGAAGUUACGGGAGCCGGAAUCAGGCACUCUGCAUAGGCACCUUGGGCAGUCCGGAUCCCAAGAGCCCUCACGGCGCCGGGGUCCUCGCAGGCGCAGCCGGGAGACCGCACGUGUUGGGAGCAACAUGCCUAAGUCCAAGCGCGACAAGAAGGUUUCCUUAACGAAGACCACCAAGAAGGGCUUAGAACUCAAACAGAACCUGAUAGAAGAGCUUCGAAAAUGUGUGGACAUGUACAAGUACCUUUUCAUCUUCUCUGUGGCAAACAUGAGAAACAGCAAACUGAAGGAUAUCAGGAGUGCCUGGAAGCACAGCCGGAUUUUCUUUGGCAAGAACAAAGUUAUGAUGGUGGCUUUGGGUCGAGGUCCUGCUGAUGAAUAUAAAGACAACUUGCACCAGGUCAGCAAGAAGCUGAGGGGUGAGGUUGGCCUCUUGUUCACCAACAGAACAAAGAAGGAAGUGAAUGAGUGGUUCAGUAAGUAUACAGAAAUGGAUUAUGCCCGGGCUGGUAACAAAGCGACCUUCACUGUCAACCUGGAUGCAGGGCCCCUGGAGCAGUUCCCCCACUCGAUGGAGCCUCAGCUGAGGCAGCUCGGUCUACCCACUGCCCUCAAGAAAGGUGUGGUGACUCUCAUCUCUGACUACCAAGUGUGUAAAGAGGGUGAUGUGCUGACCCCUGAGCAGGCCCGAGUCCUGAAACUGUUUGGGUUCGAGAUGGCAGAAUUCAGGGUUAACAUCAAGUACCUGUGGCAGGCUGAGUCAGGGAAGUUUGAGCAUCUGGGGGAGGAUGCAGAGGAGGAGGAUGACAAUGACAGCAGCUCCUCAAAGGAAUCAGAAGAUUUGGAGGAUGAUGACUGACUGGAGCCAGCACAGCCCAGGGGCCCCUUCCACAGGGUGCAGGACUCGCCCUGUCCAGCUUCUCCGAGCGGCUGCCUCCCUUCUCUAAGGGAAAAGAGACUGACUUUGCAGGACUCUCAGGAGGGAGAGAGGUGCCACGCACACGGGACUGUAUUUUUAUGUAGAAUAAAGCAUUGUCCAUGGAGUGGGUGCACCUGGGCUCUCCCUGGGGACAAAGGGCAGAAUGUGGCUCCACGCUGUGAGGGCUGGCAGGGGUCUGGCCUUCUGCCCACUUCUCUGAGGUUUUAGCCUUGGAGGCUCCAAAGGAGUGGAGGUGAUGGUCUUGGGCUUCUCCUUCAGCCCGGCUCCGGCUUCCUCCGGGUGUCUGUGAUAGAAAAUGCCAAAGUCGGGAUUUUGGACGCUGCAGCCCCUGGCCCCACUGCAGUGAAGCGGUCAGCGGGGGAGCACAAAGGGCCCGGGUGGCUAGGACCCUGAGAGUUGGGUUCCAGCGUCCACAGCGCGAGAGAGCCUGGCUUGGGCCGUGUGUAAGGUAGCGGCGGUGGGACCCAUGCCUGAAACGCCAGUGCUUGGCCCCAGGCCCCGGGGAGACAGCAGCGUGUCUCACUCUUAGUUACCCCCACAAUACCGACUCCCACCCUGACAGCACUUUCCACAGGACUUCCUUCUGACGUAGGUGUGUUGAGUGGUGUCUCCUUUUUACAGAUGAGGAAGCUGACUAAAAGGUUUGACUUGCCCAUGUUCAGACAGAGGAUUCGAACGCAGGUCUGGAUUCCAAAAUCUGGUGCUUGUCCCGCUGUACCAUGCUCCAGAGCUUGGUGCCAGUGACAGCAGGGCACCAGGUGACCUACUGGGGAUGCAGGGGCGUUCUCAGAAUAUUGCGGCCUCAGGUUCCCCAGCCCUGAUCUUGGGGCUCUUCCCCAAUUCUGUCAUGGCCUCUGUGGGCAGUAGCCGGUGAAGCCCACAGACUCUGUCUCAGAAUGUGUUUGAAUGUUUAAAAUUCCAGCAUCACAAAGGAAGCCAAUCAUUGAAAUACAAUUAUCCGGAUAUUUUCAAACAGGUUAGGAACCCCAGGCUAGGGGCAGAUCGUCCUUUUUUUCUUUCUUUUUCCCAGCUAAAAGCCCACAUUUGUAAGCCUCUCAGUCCCCCAUAAUGCCUUUCCCCUAUUGAUCAUUUCCCCAUUUAUCCUGGCCUUGUCUUGUUUCUACACUGUCGUUUGCACGUUGUCUUCCUGGGGCCAGGGACUGUCUUUUGCCUUUCUAUCCCCACAGUACCUGGCACAUAGUAGGAGCUUAAUAAAUGCUUGUUGGUUGUCUGACUUGGGCAAACGGCCCAAAUUGGAAAGGGCCUCAGCCCAGACCUCCAGCUGGGAGGACCUGAGGACCGAUGCCUAGAAGGAAGGCUGUGAACCCUAACCAAGUGUUUAGAUCCCCUCACACUUAGGUGAUGGGAGUGUGUGUGAUCCAUCUAGUGAGACUCAGUUGGGAGAGCUGGCUUCCUGAUCCUGGCUCUUGUCAUCCUCUGGGAGACCUUGCUACAGUAGAACAGGGAUGGUGGUAACAAGGGAAGUCCUCAACAAGCUGGUGUUUGUACUUGUGGCUAUGUAAUUGGAAUAGCACCAAUCCUGGGAAGAUGGAGUGUAUUUCAGUCAACAUUUAUUAAGCACCUACUGUGUUCAGGCACUGGUUGAGUGCUGGGGACAAAAGAGGCAGAAGACAAGAAGUCUGAGCUCAUGGGGGAAAUCUGGUGAAAUGAGUCCCAUAUUCCAAGUGCCAGGAUGGGGCUUUCCUGGGCCAGGGAGAGGAAAGCUGCUGCUCCUGGUUCAUUUUCCACCAGAAAGUGUACUAACUCCCGGAGCUUGACUCACAACCCAAACCCAUCCCUAUGGGCAGGGGGAGAUUUCAGCGCUUAAAAGAAUGUGUAAAACCAUUAAAAAGCUUUUCAUGGCA